AGGAGGCUGUGCGGCCCGCGCUUCCUCUGCGGUCGGCGCGUGGACGGCUCCGCGGCGCAGCCAUGGCGCUCCACGUCCCCAAGGCCCCGGGCUUCGCCCAGAUGCUCAAGGAGGGCGCGAAGCAUUUCUCAGGAUUGGAAGAAGCCGUGUACAGGAACAUACAGGCCUGCAAGGAGCUCGCCCAGACCACCCGCACGGCCUACGGACCAAACGGAAUGAACAAGAUGGUUAUCAACCACCUGGAGAAAUUGUUUGUGACAAAUGAUGCCGCAACUAUUUUAAGAGAGCUAGAAGUGCAGCAUCCUGCUGCCAAAAUGAUCGUGAUGGCCUCGCACAUGCAAGAGCAAGAGGUUGGAGAUGGCACCAACUUCGUCCUGGUGUUUGCGGGCGCUCUGCUGGAGUUGGCUGAGGAGCUCCUGAGAAUCGGCCUGUCAGUCUCAGAGGUCAUCGAAGGUUAUGAAAUAGCCUGCAGGAAAGCCCACGAGAUUCUUCCUGGUUUGGUUUGUUGUUCUGCAAAAAACCUCCGAGAUGUUGAUGAAGUGGCAUCUCUGCUUCACACGUCCGUAAUGAGUAAACAGUAUGGAAACGAGGUCUUUCUGGCCAAGCUCAUUGCUCAGGCUUGCGUAUCUAUUUUUCCUGAUUCUGGCCACUUCAAUGUUGAUAAUAUCAGAGUUUGUAAGAUUCUGGGCUCUGGCAUCUGUUCCUCUUCCGUCUUGCAUGGCAUGGUCUUUAAGAAGGAAACGGAAGGUGAUGUGACUUCUGUCAAAGAUGCAAAGAUAGCAGUGUACUCUUGUCCCUUUGACGGCACGAUAACGGAGACCAAGGGAACCGUGCUGAUAAAGACCGCCGAGGAGCUGAUGGACUUCAGCAAGGGGGAGGAGCAGCUCAUGGAGGCGCAGGUCAGAGCUGUUGCUGACACGGGUGCGAACGUCAUCGUCACGGGCGGCAAGGUGGCCGACAUGGCCCUUCAUUACGCCAACAAGUACAGCAUCAUGCUGGUGAGGCUGAACUCGAAGUGGGAUCUCAGGCGGCUCUGUAAGACAGUUGGUGCCACGGCUCUUCCUAGAUUGACGCCCCCUGUCGCUGAGGAAAUGGGACAUUGUGACAGUGUGUACCUCUCAGAAGUUGGAGACACACAGGUGGUGGUGUUCAAGCAUGAAAAGGAAGAUGGUGCCAUCUCUACCAUAGUGCUCCGAGGCUCCACAGACAACUUGAUGGACGACGUGGAGAGGGCCGUCGAUGAUGGUGUGAACACUUUCAAAGUUCUCACAAGGGAUAAACGUCUUGUACCCGGAGGUGGAGCAACAGAGAUCGAGUUGGCCAAACAGAUCACGUCCUAUGGAGAGACGUGUCCUGGACUUGAACAGUACGCAAUUAAGAAGUUUGCGGAGGCCUUCGAAGCCAUCCCCCGCGCACUGGCAGAAAACUCGGGGGUUAAAGCCAAUGAGGUCAUCUCCAAACUCUAUGCAGUACAUCAGGAAGGAAAUAAAAAUGUUGGAUUAGAUAUCGAGGCUGAAGUUCCUGCUGUGAAGGACAUGCUGGAGGCUGGGGUUCUGGACACCUACCUGGGGAAAUACUGGGCCAUCAAACUGGCUACGAAUGCUGCUGUCACCGUACUUAGAGUGGACCAGAUUAUCAUGGCAAAGCCAGCCGGUGGGCCCAAGCCUCCCAGCGGGAAGAAAGACUGGGACGAUGAUCAAAAUGACUGAGGGGGUAGUUUUUGCUGUAGGUGGGAUAGUAGCUGUAGUGUUCUAGGAUUGCCCAAUGCUUUUCUUAAGUUAAGACGUAUUUGUUUUAUUCUUGGCUGGAUGGUGCAGUAAACAUGUUGUUCUUA